UGGCCCACGUUAGCGCAGAAGUUCUGCCGUGAGCGAGUGAAGCUCUGAGCAGCUGUAAAGGAAAGUUAACCCUUUCAAAAUGUAUUCGUUCUUUUUGCCGGACUCCGUCACCGAGGAGAUCACCCUGAACCUGCCUGCCGAGCAGGCUCUGUGUGUGUGCCGCCUGGUGUGCCGCCGGUGGAAGGCGGUGGUGGACAGCGCUUCAUUCUGGAGAGAGAAGUGCCGCAGAGAGGGACUGAAACCCCGCUGCAUCACCACGGAGCUCGGGGACUGGAGGGGCUGGAAGACCUUCUACUUUCUUUUUAAGGAGCCUCGCAACCUUCUGAAGAAUCCCAGCGCAGGCGAGAAUUUCAGUGGCUGGGAGAUCAUACGAAAUGGAGGUGACGGGUGGAUCACCGAUCGCAUAUUUGCACCUCACCCAGAUAAGACAGUGACGAAAUGCUUUCUUACCUCUUACCGCUUAUGUCUGAAGCGUCAGCUGAUAGAUCUGGAGAAGGAAGGUUACAGUCCCGCGAUCCUUGAUGAAAUGCAGCCUGACAUUGUGAUUUCAGAUUGGUAUGCCCCACGGCGUGACUGUGGAAGCCAAUAUGACAUUUGCAUUGAACUGCUGAAUCAAUUCCAGGAGGCAGUCCAAACCUUACAACCAGAGAGCGUCAUCUUUCCACAGUGGAAUGAUCAGCCAUGGAAAGAGAUGACACAUGUCUUUAAGGACUACGGACGAGGAGUUCGCUUCAUCCGUUUCACCCAUGGAGGUCGGGACACACAGUUUUGGGCCGGCUACUACGGAAUACGGGUCACUAGCAGCAGUGUUAAAGUGUGUCUAACAGCAGAGUGAUGUUUGCACCCACUACUACAAGAACUGUGUUGUACUUGUGCCUUAAUCCACACCACGUCUUUUAAAAAUACUGUAUGGGGGUGUAUUUUAUUUCUAGAGAUGAUAUUUGUUCAGCAUGCUACUCUUAAGGCAUAUUCAACUGACCUAAAAGGAUCUACUCUAAGACUCCACAUCCACUUACAUCUAACUUAAGGGCUGUCUGAUCCCUGCUUAAUGUCUGGCGUUUCUUUUUUCUUUUAUUAUUUACAAUAUUUUCAUUCACACAAACUGUAACUUCAUCACACACACACACACACACACACACACACACACACACACACACACACACACACACACACACACACAUUUCCUCACUUUAUAGCUUUGUACUUGUUGCAUAAUAAAAAGAAAAAAAUUAAGAUUAUAUUUGAACAGCAAGGGAUCACCUUCACAUCAUUAUUUAAAGUUUAAAAUGUUCAUGUGACGGCAGUGAGCAAAGCUUUAGAGUUUCCGGUCAUGAAUUCCAAUGAAACGCGUCUGGUAAAAUGCCUUAUUCGCACUUCUGUGAUGAACGAUGGAAUGUGGCCAGUAUGUGCAUUUAUAGAUAAAUAGAAGCCAGUGUGUCUCCCGACACACAGCCAGAGAUGAAUUUUCAUAUAGUACACAGUGAUGGGUAUUUUAUGGGUCCCCAGUCAUCAAUUCUAAAGCAGAGUGGUACACAGAGUCCAUAGUUUAGGGUAUUUUGUUUCUAGAGAUUAGAGGCCAAAAAAAUAAAAUAAAAACCCGUCUUUAUGUGCCACUGUUGCAGGGCUUAUAAUAUUAUAUACCGUGGCCCAGUGGUUAAAAAGCACUUGCUUUAGUAUGUAAGAGAUUUGUUCU